UCCGCCGUCCAGACAACCAGCCCCACCAUUCAGCGAGCAAGAUACCCUCCAGAUAUGCCCUGUGUGCAAGCCCAGUAUAGCCCUUCACCUCCUGGUUCGAGUUAUGCAGCUCAGACCUACGCAUAUGGCUCAGAGUACAGCUCGGAGAUCAUGAAUCCUGACUACACCAAACUGACCAUGGACCUGAGCAGCACCGAGAUCACUGCCACCGCUACCACCUCCCUGCCCAGCUUCAGCACCUUCAUGGAGGGUUACUCUGGCAGCUAUGAGCUCAAGCCCUCCUGCCUGUACCAAAUGCAAUCUGCUUCCUCCAGCCAGAGGCCCCUCAUAAAAAUGGAAGACAGCCGGCUACAUAGUUACCACUCCUCACUGCCCCCCUCCACAGAUGAAGGGAUGCCCAGCACCUCCAUGUACUUCAAGCAGUCCCCGCCUUCCACGCCCACCACCCCUGGAUUCCCUUCUCACCAGGCCUCCAUGUGGGACGAACCCCCACAUCCGCUGCAGCCUGCACAGACCUGCAUGGCCCCCACCCACUUGAUGGACUCUGCCCCUAUGAAGACUGUGCCCACCCGCUUCCCCCUCUUCCACUUCAAGCACUCGCCACCCCACACGCCUGCAGCUGGUGCCCACAUGUGCUAUGACCCUGCUGCCCUAAGCCUGCCUCUGGGAUCUGACAGACCCACUGCCGGUCAAGCCACUAUGGAGAAUCAUCCUUAUGGGCUUCCCCUGGCCAAAAGAGCAGCCGCCUUAGCCUUCUCGCCACUGGGCCUCAAUGCAGCCACUUCCAGCCUGUUGGGCGAGAGCAGUGGCAGCAGCAGUGGCCUGCCUUCCCCGCCCAGCAGGAGCUCCUCAUCUGGAGAAGGCACUUGCGCUGUGUGUGGGGACAAUGCUGCCUGCCAACACUAUGGGGUACGGACGUGCGAGGGGUGCAAGGGCUUCUUUAAGAGAACAGUUCAGAAAAAUGCAAAAUAUGUUUGUUUGGCAAAUAAAAACUGUCCAGUGGAUAAGAGACGUCGUAACAGAUGCCAGUACUGCCGCUUUCAGAAGUGUCUCAGUGUCGGCAUGGUUAAAGAAGUUGUCCGUACUGAUAGCCUGAAAGGGAGAAGAGGUCGGCUGCCUUCCAAACCAAAGAGCCCUUUACAGCAGGAACCUUCCCAGCCCUCCCCACCUUCUCCUCCAAUCAGUAUGAUGAAUGCCCUGGUCCGCGCUUUCACUGACUCCACACCCCGAGAGCCUGAUUAUUCCAGAUACUGUUCCACUGACCAGGCUGCUGCAGGCACAGAUGCAGAACAUGUACAACAGUUCUAUAAUCUUCUGACUGCCUCCAUUGACAUAUCCAGGGGCUGGGCGGAAAAAAUUCCAGGAUUUACUGAUCUCCCAAAGGAAGAUCAGACGUUACUCAUAGAAUCAGCUUUUUUGGAGCUGUUUGUACUAAGACUCUCCAUCAGAUCCGAUACUGCUGAAGAUAAGUUUGUAUUCUGCAAUGGACUUGUGCUUCAUAGACUUCAGUGCCUUCGUGGAUUUGGGGAGUGGCUCGAGUCAAUUAAAGACUUUUCAUUAAAUUUACAGAGCCUUAACCUUGAUAUCCCAGCCUUAGCAUGUUUAUCAGCUCUAAGUAUGAUUACAGAACGACAUGGAUUAAAAGAACCAAAGAAAGUGGAAGAGCUAUGCAACAAGAUCACUAGCAGCUUAAAAGAUCACUUAGCUUUCAGCUGCCAAAACAAAGGACAGCCACUUGAGUCUGCAGAGCCUAAAGUACUAGGUGUUCUUGCUGACUUGCGUUCUCUCUGCACACUGGGACUGCAGCGCAUCUUUUACCUGAAACUGGAAGAUUUGGUGCCACCCCCUUCCAUUAUUGACAAGUUGUUUCUGGAUACCCUACCUUUCUGA